AUGGCGCGGGCGUCUGUGUUGGUGGUCCCUUCCCCUCCGAGGGACGUGGAGACAGUGGCCGGGGCGGACGACGGGGCUUCGGUCGCCGCCACCUCCCGAGAGGACUUCCGGGUGCGCUGCACCUCGAAGCGGGCCGUGACGGAAAUGCUAGAACUGUGCGGCCGCGUUGUGGAAAAGCUGGGGGACGCGCUGCCAGAGGAGAUUCGGGAGCCUGCGCUGCGAGAUGUGCAGUGGACCUUUGAAUCAGCUGUGCAAGAGAAUGUCAGCAUUAAUGGCCAAGCAUGGCAGGAAGCUUCAGAUAGUUUUAUGGAUUCUGAUAUCAAAGUACUUGAAGAUCAGUUUGAUGAAAUCAUAGUAGAUAUAGCCACAAAACGUAAGCAGUAUCCCAGAAAGAUCCUUGAAUGUGUCAUCAAAACCAUAAAAGCAAAACAAGAAAUUCUGAAGCAGUACCACCCUGUUGUACAUCCAUUGGACCUAAAAUAUGACCCUGAUCCAGCCUCUCGUGUGGAAAAUUUGAAAUGCAGAGGAGAAACAAUAGCUAAAGAGAUCAGUGAAGCCAUGAAGUCCUUGCCUGCAUUAAUUGAACAAGGAAAUGGAUUUUCCCAAGUUUUAAAGAUGCAGCCUAUUAUCCAGCUCCAGAGAGUCCACCAAGAAGUCUUUUCCGCUUGUUACAAGCAACCAGAUGUUAAACCUGAGAGCUUUAUUACACAAAUAGAAACCACACCAACAGAGACUUCUACCAGGAAAGCCACUGAUGUGGUACUGAAAAGAAGGCAAACUAAAGACUGUCCCCAGAGAAAAUGGUAUCCGUUGCGGCCAAAGAGAAUUAAUCUUGACACCUCUUGACAGCUCUUUUUGUUUAUCUUGCGAGUUGAAAUUCGGCACUAUCAACAUUUAGAUUACAGCCUAAUGCCUAGACAGGGCUUCCUUUAAAAAGACAAAUAACUCUUUAACUAGUGAUUCCUUUAUACAAAUAUAGUAGCUCUAUGCUGACAUAGAAUGUAAUCAUUGUGUUUCCUUAUCAUUUUGUCUUUAGUGAUGAAAAGCAUAUUUUUUGAAUAUUGGCACAAAGAGAUCAGUGGGUAUUAAGAGUGCAAACUUUUACUGUCCUUAAAUGUAAUCAACUCUCGGCUACCUUACAGCUUUUGUGGAAUACCACGCGUAACACAUUCUAUUAGAUUUCUGGUGUACAUCUUUCUCUAAAAAAGAGCAGUGUAACAGGUAUCUUUAUUUAAAUGCUAAAAGUAAUCCUCUGUUCUGAUUAGGAGCCAGGAGCAGAUGCAUUUGGGUUUUGUUUUUGUUUUUGUUUUUUUUCAAUGCAGUUUUGACUUAUCACAUUGAUAUGCAGUUGAGAAGACUGGCUUUGACUUUGUUACUCCAAGUUCAGCUAAUUUGGAUUUGUGGUGUUAUUUUUAGGAUUUUUGUGUUUUUGUUUUGUUCUGUAAGACAAAGAAGACUUAUUUAUAUAAGACUUCCUGUUAGAAAUAAAAAUUGGCAUGGAGCCAGUAUUUCUUGUUCACACUUCUGUUCUCCACAGGCCUUUCAACUUUUAAAUAUUAUUUGACUUAGGACUAGUAGUUUCUUUUUAGGGUUUUUCAUUAUUUCCACAUGAUUGCAGUUCAAAAAUAUAUAUCGCAUUAAUACAUUAACAAAUUGUCAUUGCGGAACAAAAAUAGAUGUAGUCAUACUGAACUAUCUUACAUUUAAGGAUGCUUAUUUAUCAAGGACAUAAUUAUUGGUAGAAGUCUGAGAAAGCUAUGUUGCCUAUACUUCUAACAUUUCACUACAGUUUCUUAUAGCUCUUACUGUACCUCUGUCACAGUAAUACAAUGCAGACAGGGCCAUCUAACUUUUCUCCUUUUGAUGGCUGUACGACUUCAUUCACUUGCAGAGGAAUUUACUAAUCAUGAGGUUGGAAAAUCUGUACUUCCCUUGUUUAUUAUGACUUAAUCAUAAAUGUCUAAAUGUGACAGAAAAUCUGUCUCAUUGAAGAAAAUUUAUAAAGCCACUGUAUUUCACUCUGUAUUUUAAUGUUACAAUUUGAUAUCUGUAUAUUUGUAACAGCAGUGUGUUUUUUAUUAAAAUAAUGUACAAAGAA